AUGGCCGGGAGUGAAACUUCGUGUUUUUGGAAUGAUUUUCAAUUAAAACGGCCGCCGCUGGUCACCUUGCAGGUGGAGGAUACAGGAUUCGCAAAGAACGUCUUUGUGCUCAUCAAUAGGUACAUGCAACAAUUGUCUGAGCCGGACACCGAGGAGUUUGAUCAUACGGCAGCACUGAUCGGGCGUCUUAUGGCUCGCCGUAAGAACUCCUUUAGAAAUAUGCCCGGUUUUCGGGUCCUAUGCAAGCUGAACAGUGCGCUCUGUCGCCUGCUGCGUCUAGAUCUGCCCCGAGAGCUGGAACACUUCCGCGGUGCCCUGCCUGAUGUGUGCGACGGCGAUAUGGCAGGAGCCAUGCCUACCCGUAGCAGCUUUGAGUAUAUUUUGGUGCGACUGCUGGGCUUCUAUCAUUUGCAUGCACGCAUCCACGAGUGCUGUGUGACAGCGGCCAGAUAUUUCACUCAACUACUGAGGAAUACCUUCUUCAUGGAGACCAUUACAUUGCUCAUAGCAGCCAUAGCAAAAAUCAACAAACUAAGCACGAUACAGGCCAACAGAAGUGCCGGUCUCUACAACAAGCUACGGCCCCACUGCGUCAAGUUUCCGCAGGUGGAAAGACACAAGUUUGUGCCCGAAAACUGCGAGUUGCCGGCCCAAUUGCAACGAAUUAUUGCCACCACACAAAAGCAAACGGAAGAUAAUGCCAGUGCUCCUGCUGUGAUGCUCAAGUCCCCUGCAGUGGUCACAAGGGUGGAAAAGGCCAAGCUGGAAGCCAAAUCUGACGUGGGAACUGUGAUUGCCCGCGACGAGCUACCGCUGGCACAAAAUCCCAAGACUGAAUUCAACGUGGACGCGCUGCGAAGUGUGGAGGAUGCAAAGCGUUUCAUUGCCCGCGAAACAAAGGCCAGAAAACAGAGUCCCGUUCCAAAGAGCUGCGUCACCAAGGCCAUACCCAAGCACGAGUGGCUGGGAGCCCAAACGCUCUUCCACCGUACAGUUUCCAAGGAUCCAGUAAAGUCGUUGAGCAUAUUUCGCAAGUUUAUUAUUAGUAAAAUAUAAUAGAAAAAG